UUUUACUUGCUCAUAGCCUUCUAUAAAUUCCACCAGAUGUGUUCAAUAAUAGCCAUCCAUAACCAAGCAAACCUUAAUUAUGGAUAGUUCUGCAAACUUUCCCAACCCUGUCUAUCAUUUCAAUAUUGCUCUCUGUUUCCUCUUGUUUUUAGCCUCUUCAUGCCUAAACACUAGUAAACUCUGCUUGGGAGAUGGCCUUCCAGUUGUGAAAUGCAUUGACAUAGAGAGAAGCGCGCUUCUCAUCUUUAAGGCAGAUCUUAUCGAUGCUUCGGGUAGGCUAUCAUCUUGGGAGGGUCAAAAUUGUUGUCAAUGGAAAGGGAUUUCAUGCAACAACCGCACUGGUCAUGUUGAAAAGAUGGACCUCCGCAAUACAAGUCCAGCUCCAUCUAUUGAUGUUGAAGACCAGGAGUUUGAGGCUUAUGAAGAGUCCUUUUUGGGGGGUAAGAUAAAUCCUUCUUUACUUCGCUUGAAAUAUAUGAGUUACUUAGACUUAAGCUCGAAUGACUUUCAAGGGCUUCAAAUUCCUAAGUUCUUUGGUCAGCUUAAAAGUCUGAAGUAUCUCAAUGUCUCAUCUGCAUAUUCAUCUUCAUCUUUAUCUUCAUCUUUUGGGGGACAGAUUCCACCUCAUCUUGGUAACCUAUCAAACUUGAACUAUCUUGACCUCAGUGGUAACUAUUUACUAGAAAUUUCUUCCAUAAAUUUGAAUUGGCUUUCUCAUCUCUCCUCUCUAAAAUACCUCAGUCUAAAUGAAGUGGACCUUAGCAAUGCAGGAGCCACUUGGCUACAUGUUGUUAACAUUCUUCCUUCCAUGCUAGAGUUACACUUGUCUAGAUGCAACAUUGAAAGCCUUCCACUUUCACUUCACACCAUGAACCUCACAUCACUUUUGAUCCUUGAUAUGUCAUUGAAUGAUUUUAAGUUUCCAUUUCCAAAGUGGGUCUUUAAUCUAACUAGCCUCAGAGAACUUCACUUGGCCACGAAUUCUUUCAGCGGUCCCCUUCCCAAUGAUUUCGUUAACCUGAAAUCAUUGGAAGAACUUGAUUUAUCUCUUAAUGGCCUUCACGGUCGAAUUCCCAAAUUCUUUGAAAAUCUCUGCAACCUAAAGACCUUAAUUCUUUCGGAAAACGCAUUUGAUCAGGGUCUUCCAGAGUUUUUGGAUGGUUUAUCAGGUUGUGCAAAUAAUAAGUUGGAGUCACUAGACUUGUCUAGUAAUAAGCUGGUAGGCGAAUUGCCUGCCUCCUUAGGGAUGCUCCCCCAUUUGCAGUACCUUAACCUCUUCCACAAUCAUUUGAAUGGAUCCAUCCCAGAAAGUUUGGGACGACUCUCUGAGCUAGUUCAUCUAGACCUGUCGGAAAACUCAUUGGUAGGCUUUUUAACUGAAGCCCAUUUCAUAGAUCUCGCAAAGUUAAAAUACAUUGCGCUGGGCAAUAUCAGUGUCCCCAACUCGCUACCUUCCAUCAUUUUCAAUGUGUCUUAUGAGUGGGUUCCUCCUUUCAAGCUUGACACCAUUGCCAUCAGGAACUGUCAAGUAGGUCCUGCCUUUUCACUAUGGCUUCAAUCUCAAACUGAACCAGUAUAUGUCACUCUAAGCAAUACAGGCAUCUCGGAUUCCAUACCAGAGGAAUGGUUCGUGAAAAUAUCUUCCGGCCAACUCCAAUUUUUGGAUUUAUCUUUCAACGAAAUUCGUGGAAAGCUUCCAGUCCAAUUGAUAGUUCCAAAUUUAGUGGGUCUAGAUUUGAGACAUAAUCAAUUCCGCGGCUCACUCCCGCUUUGGUUGUGUAAGGAGGCUUCCUACCUAAAUCUUGCUAGCAAUUCAUUUUCCGGGCCAGUUCCGUCAACUUUUGACCAACAUUUUCCAAAAUUGCGAGAACUGCAUCUCUAUGAAAAUUAUUUGAAUGGCACGAUUCCAUCCUCUGUUUGCAACAUGCAGAAGAUGUUAAUCUUUUCUCUAAGAAGCAACAACAUUUCCGGAGAAUUUCCUCAAGCAUGGAGUACGUGGGGUGACAUAUACAUUAUAGAUGUUGGAGACAAUCAUCUCUCAGGAAAUAUUCCCAGUUCAAUGGGUAUCCCAAGUUCACUUUUUUUGUUGUCGAUGAAGAACAACAAAUUAGAUGGUGAAAUCCCGAUGGCCUUGGGAAAUAGCACCAACCUAAGGAGUAUUGAUCUUGGUGGUAAUAGAUUUACUGGAAACCUUCCUUCAUGGAUAGGAACAAAUGUAUCCAAGGUGUUUAUCUUACGUCUGCCAUCCAAUUCUCUAAGUGGACAUAUUCCCCAGCAAUUGUGCAAUCUUGACCAACUUCACCUCCUAGAUCUUGGUCAUAACCACCUCUCAGGGGAAGAGAAUUCCAAUAUAACAAGACUCUGAAGUGGGUAAAAAGUAUAGAUCUUUCCUCAAAUAGUUUGGAAGGUGAAAUCCCUGAAAAAAUCUGCAGUCUCUUUGCAUUGGUUAUCUUGAACUUGUCGAUGAAUCAUCUAAGUGGAAACAUUCCCUCGAAAAUUGGAAACUUGCGGUC